GGAUAAAUAGUCAAGGCCGACAACCUCGUGUUUUAGCGUGGGUAAUGGUGGGUUAGGAUGAGGCCAAUAUUCGCCAUGUGGCCAAGCACAGCACGCGUAUACAGGCUGUGAUCAGGCGCACAAAUAUAGUGAUAAAUACAUUAUAGAGUUCGCCAAGCCACGGAUACUCGCGUUUGGCGUAUAGUGCUUGGUGCCCGUGUGUAUUAGUGCUUUGUAGUUAGCGUUAUGUUUAUGUGAUUGUGAUUCGUUUUGCUAAAGGCCACAUGUAAAUUAUUUUCGUGGCUACAACGGGAACAUAAUAUUUGAAAAUGGAAGAAGAAAACGGUGUGAACCAGGCGCAGGCGCAUAACCUACUGGGACAAAAGACACAGGUACCGCCGCGACGGAAAGACAAUGCCCUUACCAGAACCUUACGGUCAUGUUGUGUCAUCCCCCAAAGAUACAUCCUCGGAGUGAUGGGCCUCCUGGGUGUAUGCAACGCGUACACCAUGCGAGUGUGUCUGAACCUUGCUAUCACCCAAAUGGUGAAUCGUACUAAGUCAAGCAGUGAACACUUUGACCCUGAUGCUUGCCCCAGCGAUGAAAUUAUGGGAGUCAAUGCUACUGUCACUUUACGACCCUAUGCGAUAUUUGACUGGGACGAGAAAACGCAAGGGCUUAUUCUGAGCGGCUUCUAUUACGGGUACGCCGCCACCCAAGUGCCAGGUGGUUACUUGGCCGAGAAAUUUGGAGGUAAAUGGACAUUGGGAGUGGGUCUCCUCAGCACUGCGCUUUUCACCUUCCUCACACCGAUCGUUAUACGUGCUGGAGGCGCUACAUGGUUAUUCAUUUUACGAGUGCUUCAAGGAAUGGGAGAGGGUCCAACAAUGCCGGCCCUAAUGAUAAUGUUGGCUAGAUGGGUUCCGCCACACGAAAGAGGCUUCCAAGGCGCGCUGGUAUUCGGUGGAGCGCAAAUUGGAAAUAUUUUCGGCUCAUUUAUGUCCGGGAUUUUGCUCGCUGAGGGCAGAGACUGGGCUUAUGUAUUUUAUUUCUUUGGCGGGUUCGGAAUACUUUGGUUCACGUUGUGGAGUCUUCUAUGUUACUCAACGCCGAACUCUCAUCCGUACAUAUCAAAGAAGGAGUUGAGCUAUCUAAACAAGAAUGUAACAACAGCAGAAACGAGUAACGCAAAGGAUCCUGUCCCCUGGAAGGCUAUAUUGCGUUCGGUGCCCGCAUGGGCGCUCGUGUGGGCCGCUGUUGGCCACGACUGGGGCUAUUACACAAUGGUAACAGAUUUGCCAAAGUACUCGCAUGAUGUUCUUAAAUUCAAUAUUGCGACUACUGGCGUCCUCACCGCCCUGCCAUAUAUUGCUAUGUGGGUGUCCUCUUUCGUGUUCGGCUUUGUUUGCGACUUAUGCAUCAAAAAAGGCUGGCAUACCAUCAAAACUGGAAGAAUUAUUCACACGACAAUCGCUGCCACCGGCCCUGCGAUUUGUAUCAUCUUAGCUUCAUAUGCUGGCUGUGACAGAGUUGCUGCUAUGGUAUAUUUUGUGCUCUCCAUGGCACUUAUGGGUGGAUUUUACAGUGGUAUGAAGGUAAACGCAUUGGACUUAGCACCGAACUACGCGGGGUCACUGACUUCUCUCGUCAAUACAACCUCAACAUUCGCCGGCAUCAUUACUCCGUACCUUAUUGGAUUAUUGACUCCAGACUCGACGCUCGUGCAGUGGCGGACGGCGUUUUGGGUAUGCUUCACCGUGCUAGUUGGUACCAACGUGGUAUACUGCAUUUGGGCGGACGGUGAACAGCAGUGGUGGGAUGACGUCAGGAAGUUCGGAUACCCACCAGAUUGGAAGCAUGGCUCGCUACUACGAGAUGAUGUCAUGAUUGAACAACCUGAGACUGUUAAGCUUUCUAGCAAAAAGAAUACCAAUGAUGAUGAUGAUGAUUAAAUGGGAUAGUUUACCAAUAAAUGCGUGGAGAUCGUCGCGGGUGAUCGUUGUUGUAAAAUUGCAUGAUAUAUGAUUUUAUUGAAAUGUUUUUUGACAAUAAGUAGGUAGAUAAUUGUGAAUUUUUGAAAAUUUAAAUUAAAAAUUUGCAUACAAUUGAAAAUGUACUACUAAAACAAAUAUAUUUGUAUAAAUAUGAUGAAAGACAAGUGUAAUCAAUGUUUUUUUUGUUAGUAAAUGGUUUAUGCAUGAGUACUAUAUUUAAUUAUAAUGUAUGUUUUAUAGAAUAUGUUAUACUAGAUAAGUGAAAUAAAGACAGAGCUAAUUAAAGGCGGCGUUGAGAGCAAUUUCAUAAGUUUUGUAUGUGAUGAUACUCAAUAUUCAUUACAUAAUAAUGCCUACAAACACAUGAAAUAACAAAAAAGUUAAACUAUUUUUUGUCACUUUUAGGUUGUGUUUAUCAAUAUACAUUGUUAUGUUAUAUCUGUAAUAUCUUAUAAUCUAAUAUAAUAUAUCUGUAAUAGCUAUGAAUACGUAUAUAAACAGGUGACAUUUCAACAAAAUUACUCAGUGAUUUUAAACAAUUUAAGACGAAUAUCUACCAGAUAACCUAGUCAGUUAAUUCAAUAUCUUAUGUGUCAGCCAUAUUAAGUAGUACAAAUUAUGAUAAUGUUAUGUGUCUUAUAUGUUAAAAAUUUUCAUUUUA